CGCAGCGAGUACAUGCAGAGCUACGCCAGCAAGGUCAGCGAGGGCAUGGCCCUGCAGCUGGGCUGCCUCGAGCUGAGGAGGUUCUACAAGGACAUGCCCCACAACGCGCUGGACAAGAAAUCCAACUUCGAGUUCCUGGAGAAGGAGGUGGGGCUGGACCUGUUCUUCCCCAGCCAGAUGCAGGAGAACCUGAAGCCGCGGCAGCUGCGUCGGAUGAUCCAGCAGACGUUCCAGCAGUUUGCGCAGCUGCGCGAGGACGAGUGCGUCCUGAAAUUCCUGCUGACCCUCGGCGCCUGCGCCCCCAUCGAGCAGGAGAGCUUCCGCUGCCAGCUCGCCCAAGGAUGGAACAUCACGGUGGAUCUGGUCAUCGGCCCCAAGGGCAUCCGCCAGCUCACCGCCAAGGACUCCAAGCCCACCUGCCUGGCGGAAUUCCGGGAUAUCCGAUCCAUCCGCUGCUCGGCGGCCGAGGACGGGCAGGCCCUCCUGCAGCUGGCGCUCAGCGGGAACCCCCAGUCGCUGGCGAUCCGGACGUCGUCACUGGCGGAGGCGGAGAACAUGGCCGACCUCAUCGACGGCUACUGCCGGCUCCAGGGCGGCUCCGAGACGUCGCUGAUCGCAUUCCCGAGGAAAGACCGGGAGAAGCGGAUCAGCCUCCCGCAGAUCCCGGCCCCGAAUCUGGGAGAGAGGAAUUCCAGCGUUUCCCACGGCGCCAGCGGCGAUUCCGAGAUCUACGCCGAGAUCCUGGACGAGUCCUCGCGGCCGAGAUCCGGAGCCCAGCCCUUCGGAAUCUCCCGCGACGCCGUCGCCCUCGGCCGCAUCCUGGGAGAAGGAUUCUUCGGAGAGGUUUUCCAGGGAAUCUACACCGCUCCCGGCGGGGAGCGCAUGGACGUGGCCGUCAAGACCUGCAAGGAGGAUUGCAGCCCGGAAAACCGGGAGAAAUUCCUCAGCGAAGCCGUGCUGAUGAAGAAGCUGGACCACCCCCACAUCGUCAAACUCAUCGGCAUCGCCGAGGACGAGCCCACCUGGAUCGUCAUGGAGCUCUGUCCCUACGGAGAGCUGGGGCAGUUCCUGGAGCGUCGUCGGGCGGAGCUGGCGGUGCCCAGGCUGGUGCUGUACGCGCUGCAGGUGGGGAAGGCCCUGGCCUACCUGGAGGCGCUCAGCUGCGUCCAUCGGGACAUCGCCGUGCGGAACGUCCUGGUGGCCUCCCCGGAAUGCGUCAAGCUGGGAGACUUCGGCCUCUCCCGCUACAUCGAGGACGAGGAGUAUUACAAAGCUUCCAUCAGCCGCCUUCCCAUCAAGUGGAUGGCGCCGGAAUCCAUCAACUUCCGACGCUUCACCACCGCCAGCGACGUCUGGAUGUUCGCCGUGUGCGUGUGGGAGAUCCUGAGUUUCGGGAAGCAGCCGUUCUUCUGGCUGGAAAACCGGGAUGUGAUCGGAGUCCUGGAAAAGGGGGAUCGGCUCCCCAAGCCCGAGCGCUGCCCGCCCCCGCUCUACGCGCUCCUGACGCGCUGCUGGGAUUACGAUCCCGGGGAAAGGCCCAAAUUCCAGGAGCUGGUCUGCAGCCUCAGCGACAUUUACCUGAUGGAGAAGGAGCUGGCCCAGGAGCAGGAGAGGAACAACCGGCACCGCGCUCCCAAAAUCCUGGAGCCGCCGACAUUCCAGGAGCCGCCUCCCAAGCCCAGCAGGCCCCUGUACAAGCCGCCAUCCCAGAAUAAUCUCCUGGCUCCCAAGCUGCAAUUCCAGGUUCCGGAGGGGCUCUGCGCCAGCUCUCCCACCCUCGCCAGUCCCGCCGAGUACCAGGCUCCGGCAAAUUCCCGGCGCUCUCCUCCUCCUCCCGGCCGCCACACCGCCUUCAAGCGCCGCAGCAUGAGGGAGGAGGAUUUCCAGCGGCCGCGGAGCCGGGAGGAGGCGCAGGAGCUGCUGGAGCUGGAGCGGCUGCGGGUGGAGCGCGCCAUGGAGCGCCAGCAGCGCCAGAUGCUGGAGGACGAGCGCUGGCUGCGCCAGGAGGUCCAGAGCCUGGAUCCCAAGGUUUUCCUGACCAACAACAUUCCUCCGCUGCUCCCGGAGAAGGAGACGGAUUACACGCAAUUCACGGGGCCCCCCCAGAAACCUCCGCGGCUCGGAGCUCAGCCCGCGGCGCAGCCGGAGCGCCGGGAUGAUCCGGUUUACGGGAACGUCACGGAUCUGGUGCGGGCCGUGCUGCGGCUGAAGAACGAGAUCGGCCUGGUGCCUCCCGACGGAUACAUCCUGGUGGUCAAGGACAUCGGCCUCUCCCUGCGGAAACUCAUCGGGAGCGUCGACGAGAUCCUUCCCGACCUCCCGCCCUCUUCCCGCACCGAGAUCGAGGGCACCCAGAAGCUGCUGAACAAGGACCUGGCCAACCUGAUCGGGAAGAUGCGGCUGGCGCAGCAGAAUUCCGGCACUUCCCUCCGCUCGGAAUUCCAGCGGCAGAUGCUGACGGCUUCCCACGCCCUGGCCGUGGACGCCAAGAACCUUCUGGAUUCCGUGGAUCAGGCCAAGCUCCGGGCCAAUCCCGGCUCGGAGUGACGGAGGGAAGGCGGGAAAAGACAAACGGCGGUCGACGGAAGAAAAGGCGGGGCGGAUCCGGGAGGAUCCGUCGGAUUCGCUGUCGUUUUUCCCUCUUCCCGCUUUUUUUGUCGCUCCCUGCUGCUCGUGUCUGUCGGUGUCGCGUUGCUCUUGGGGGGAGGCGUCCGUGUGUCCGUCCGUGUGUC